AUGAAUGCUCUUCGUUCUACAAAGCAAGCAUAUCAUUGGUUUGAAAACCAACAGACAAAAGAACUUUUAGAAGAAUUUUCUCAUAUGAUUGCUUCCCUCGGAAAACCGAGAGAAGAGAUUCCGUACGAAAAUCGCAAGAAUUUGGCUCCUGGUUUGAAAGGUUAUUAUGUUCAUAGACGUUUAGUAAACGCUGUAGCAAUGUGGGCUUCACCUCGUUAUGCUUGUUAUAUUUUCAUGAUGUUAGAUGAACUAUAUAAAGCAGAACGCGGAGAGAUGGAAAAGAAACUUCAAGCAAAAGAUGAAGUCAUUGAAUCCAAAGACAAAAGCAUACAGAAAAGAAUACCGCGUUCAGUACCAAAAGGAAAGGAAAAGAGUUAUAGGUAUAUGAUAUAUACUGAAGAAUUGGAGAAAGAAGAAGAUAAAGAUAUGGUUAUGUUGCAUUUAGUCAGAAGAAACAACAAGAGCUUUUAUGACUUAGCUAAAAUAUAUAAAUAUGACAGAAACUGGUUCUAUCGUGAAAACUUACCGAUUUCAAUGACACCGAAUGAGCAAAUAAAGGAAAUUGUCAAAAAUACUCUUCCUCAAACACACUAUGACAUCAAAG